UAUCUAUUUGUUUUUAAAAUAGUGAAUAUUCACGGAAAAACCGAACACAUAUGAGGCCAGGACUACCUGUCGAAUCUUAACCAUCCCCUUUUGUUCAAAACCUUAACCUUGUAUCCUAAGAAAUCAUUUCUCCCUCAAUCUCCCUCUCUCUGAUAAUAUAUUUCUCAUACGAAGAAAAAUGAAGAGCAGGAACAGAAACUUGGCCACCCUGAGUUUGAUGAUAAUUACGGUUUUGUCAUGGACGAAGAUUGUGGCUGGACAAGAAGCACUAUUAGGAAAGAAAGUAUUGCCGUUGUGCCACAGAGAAUGUAUGCCAAUAUGCAUGAAAGUGACAGAAGCAACGCAAGAAAUUUGUGAGGGGGCAUGCCAAGCUGGUUGUGUCCAGCUUCAAGGUCGAGGCACCGGACUUUCAGCCACUGAUCAAGGAGUCGAUAUGGUCAUUGCAUAGAGAAAUAUUUAAUAUAUUUUUCACCGGGAAAAACAAGAUUUUGUAUUACCAUAUUGUAGUUGUCUUUUAUAUUUAACAGAUUGUAAAAUUGGGUCAUCUCUUAAACACCGAUGUAGUUAAGUGUGCAUUAUGAUAAAUAUUAUCCGGUCUAUUGCGAAAAACAACUUUGAUGUUUAUCAUCGAUAUCAGAACAAAAAUGAUUGCAAAUUACAUCCCCCAUUAUUUCUCGAAAUAUUUCUCUCAAUAUGUUUAUCCUUAAAUUAUUACAAGAAUCCAUAAAAAGUGCAUUUCCCCCUUGUCAUAAGAAUUUCAACUACUAUAAUUUUUCUUUUCUUUUCACUAAUUUAAUUAUCAUUUUCAAGUUUAAAUAUAUGAAAAUACGAUUCUUCACCUUUAACUUCUUCUUUAACAAAUCUUUUAUGAUCUGGAUUUAUAUACCAAAUCCCAAUAUAUAAUAUAUUUAUUAAGUAUGAGUUUGUAUGUUAGACCAUGAUUAACCCGGAGUUCUUAGAGUGAAGUUCUUAACGGAAGUUAAGAAACAGUUUCUUAAUUUUCGCUAAAAACCUCGUCCUAAGAACCCCGGAUU